AUGACAGAAGUGCGGCGUAUCACCACAACCCCUGUGGAUUGGGGGUCCUUCGCUGGCGGCAACGUGUUGGCCGUUUCUACAGGCCGAAAUCGACGCUGUAGUAUUCGCGGUAGCAGGGUGCUUCUGCUCUCGGCCAGCGGCACCGUGCUGACGGACGUAAAACUCAAUGAUGAGGCUGGCGAGGUGAUGGAUGCGGCGGACAGUGCGGCAAAUGUGGUGGCCUGCUGCGCCAGCUGCGGGUCAGGCCGAGGUCGGAAGGCAACACUCGCCUUCGUUGCCGGCUCACAGCUCCUAGCGCUGCAUGAGUUGCCCCCCAUGAAGAGCAACGCGGAGGUGCCACGCCACUCCUUGAUUUGCCUCCGCGUAGACUCCAAAGACGUUGCUAUUUAUACGCUUGGCACGGCUGAGUUAUUUGCAUGCGUGCGUGGCGACGAGGCGUGCACGGUGGAUACCGUAUGGAACUUUGGGAGCGCCUGCGUGCUGCGAGUGGCUCGUGGGCGCCACCCUUUGGAGUUGCUUGCGCUUCUGGAUGAUGGCAGCGUGGCGCUGCUUGAGGUGCGUGAGGUGGGCGACGGAACCAUGCAGGGGUUUCUUCUUCACACACUGCAGCUUUCCUCCGGCGCAGCUCCAAGGGAGGCCACGUUCGCGUGUGGGUCAACGUUGUGGGUGCUCUGCGACGACCUCACGUUGCACGGGUAUUGGUUUCCACAGCCUGUGGCGGGGGAGGAGGCCGCCCCGGUGCGGCUUCUCAGCGAGCAGUUGCGCCUCCCAGCGGACGCGGUGACUCCGGUAGGGGCAUUCAUGGCGGGCGAGAACCGCACAUGCGGGGUUCACAUUGUCUUUCAAACCACGACGGCGGUUUACUUUAGGGCCCUGGCGGUGCGCAGCCUUAACGGGCCCUACCAGCCACCCACCCCGGCCACGGACUGGACGCAUAGCACGCUGCUGUGGAGUGGCCACGUCCACGGCUUCUCGUUUAAGCAGUGCGCGUACGAGUUGCUUGUGCAGAGCGAAUUAGGUGGAUCUCCCCUCUGUGUGAUGUCGCUGCGGCAGAACUCCAGCGUGCUUCUCUUUGACGACUCCCAGCCUCGCCUGCUGAGUCACCAAGUCGUUCGUGCCGCGCCAGACAAACUUGCUGGGUUGCGCGUGAGCUGCGAAUCCAGUGUGCAGGAGAUUGAGUCGACGGCCGCCAAGGUGUCGGAUCUCCCCACCACAGAGAGGGCACUUUCCCAGCUGCUUCAGAUACAGCACAGUUUGGUGGCCACGCUGCACCGGGAGCGUGAGCUUAACAAGGAGAUGCAGCCAGGUCAAAGCAUCUCUAUGCAGCUUAUUAAGCGACUCCACAGUGUGUACAUACGUCUGUCUGUUUAUCGACUUCUGCACUCUACAGGGUUUGGUGACCGGCUUGACGUGCCACUGCGCGAGGCACUUGGACUAGAAGAGGCGCGUCACUCUGCUUGCACGUGUCAGACGGAGUUGCGCAGCCAGUUUGAACGGGAGAUGGACUUGGCCCCCGCGUGGAACAUGGAGGCACUGAGCCUCUGGGGAUCACCUGAGGCAGCACCAGCGAUGUGCAUUGACGCAAUCCUCGCACAGAUGCGGUGCUCGGAUCUUUGCUCGCUGCGGGGCGUGGUGCAGCAGAUGACGACAGUGGAGCCAGCAGCAGCACUUCUUGUACUCUACUGCGUCCAUGCGGGGCAACAAGAGGAGCAGCAGCAACUGGAGGAAGAGGAGUCCGCGGCGGUGCAUUAUGAGUCUUCCCAAGUUGACUCCAUUCGUGGGGAAUUCCUAGACAACUUUUGUCUGCCGUUCAGUGUGGACGUCUGGGCCUACUUGGCCUUUGUGGCGGACCACCGCUUGAACCCCACCGCGGUUGGCGCGGCGUACGGCGCUGGGUGCCCGCCCCUCCUGGACCUCGUUCCCGGCCUCAUCAACGGAUUGACGCACGCUGGGGCCUAUGAGUUGGUGUUUCAGUUGACGGGUCCUGUGCUGACGCUUUCCAGCGUGGUGGCGAUGGACCCCUCGGUGGCCGUGAAGCUUCUCUUUUUGGCCUACCGCCGUGGCAACGCCAAGGUGCUGGAGGCGUUGUACCGCCGGUCCCGUGGCACUGUCUGGAGGAAUGCCGCGACCCACGCCCUCGGCAUGGCGGCGCUGCAGACCGAAAGUGUGCGGCUGCUGAGCGGGCUUGUUGCACCGCAGUCGCCGGAGGAGAGCGUCGUUGAGUCUAUUCUCCGCUGUUGCCCAAAUGCCUCCCUGUCGAACGUGCUACUGAUGGACUUCUACAUCCUUAUGCGGCGUUACGCGGACGCCCUGCGGAUGUGUGAGAGGCUCGCCUCGUGUCAUGCGAUAGAUGCCCAGCGGGUGCAGGUGAUUGCGUUGCAUUUGCGUGGCCUCAUGCCGAAUGGCAACACGUCCUUCGGCCUUCGCCAGGGGCUUGACGCCGGCGAGCCGGCGCGGCCGCCCGGGCCCGGCGCCUACAAUGCCCAGCCCCCGCAUUCGCGUCAGACGCCGCAGGUGCCUCCGCCUCACGCCUCCGCGGUCUCCGGCGGUCCACUGAAGAGCGAGGAGCAGGAGCUUGAUGAGGACGUUGCCCGCACGACGGCCCGCAUUUCGGCCUGGCGCCGCGACGAGAGGCCACUGGACGCCGUUGGCGGCAGCCUCCAGCGAGACUUGAACGCGGUGACCUUCGCACCCACCCCGGUCGCCUCGCUCGGCAUCGUCCACGACGGGGGGCGCGGCAGCUCCCGUCGUGACGGCGGCGGCGGUGCCGCACAGCAGCGGUUCGCGUCCGCGUCGAUGCGGGUUGGGGCGGAGAGUGGGAGCGUGGGGUCCACGUCAGCGGCGACGCUGCCGCGACGCGCCGCCGCCGUCGCCGCGUCGCAGGAGCGCGAGCCGCUGCUCUGCGAGGCCAUUCUCAAGCGCAGCAAAAAGCCGUGCGGGCGGGAGCGACCGUGCCCGUACCACGACAGGGCGCAGAAGUGA